GGGAGAGCUGUCUUUGUUCGUGGCAAAACGACAGAAAGUGCAGGUUGUACUCCAGACCAGAACAAUGGCACCAAAAAGGAAAUUGGAAGAGGAGGACGGUGAUGCAUCUGCUGGGUCAGCUGGGGAAGAGAAGCAGGAUGAUGGAGUUGAUACAGCCACAACACAGACUACUACACCUGUUAAAAAAGCACGAGGACGCCCUAGAAAAUCAGAUUCAGAUAAAAAGGCUUACACACCAACAGGAAAUCCUCGCGGCCGACCUAGAAUGAAGGUACCGGAAAGAGAAACCGAGAGUGGCACACUGAAAAAACGAGGCAGGUCGUCAGUGGUAUCUAAAACAGGUACAGAUAGUGAGGUAGACAGAACUCCAUCACAGAAAAAACAGGGAAGACCUUCCUUACCAUCUAAAGUUGGAACGACUAGUGAUGUACAAAAAGCCACGUCACCUUCACCAAAAAAACGAGGACGACCGUCCUUAGCAUCUAAAAUCACAACUGGUAAUAAUGAACGAAAUCAACCAUCGAACCAGCCAAGAAAAAGAGGAAGGCCGCCUGUACCAAGCAAGAAGUCUGGAGAAGUUAAAGCUGCAGACAAUUCCAGAUCUGUCCCGUCAGGAAGACCAAGAGGUCGACCUCCAUUAGGAGAAAAUGGUGCCAACAAUUCCAGAUCUGUCCCUUCAGGAAAACCAAGAGGUCGACCACCAUUGGGAGAAAAUGGUGCUAAAAAAACCACAACAUAUGUCCCCACCGGAAAGCCUAGAGGUCGACCACCAUUGGGAGAAAAUGGUAUUCAAGUGAAGAGAAAGUAUUUCAAGAAAGAGAAAUACCGUCUGCAAGCAAAAUCAUUCAAAAUCAGACGGGCAAAAUUUAACCCUAUACCAACAGAAAGAAAGUCGUUGACAGUGAAACCCCUGAAGACAGAUUCAGUGAAAAACAAAAGUGUUACAAAUACAUCUACUGUGCCAUCAAACGAGAAACAAAAUCGCUGUCCUUCUAUAGUGGCAUCAGAUGUGAAUAACCGUGCUUGUCUUUCGAAUCCUCGCAUCUACAAUGUGACUCCUACAAAAAGGAGCAAUGUGCAGUUCCCCGUGCUCAAUGAAUUCCAGAGAAGUCUUCUACAUGUGAAUCACAGUAAAACUUUUCUGAACUAUGAAAGUGACUGUGAACCUGCACUUGAUGUUCUACAAAAGAAACUGUUAGCAGUAAAUACACAGCUUAUAGACACUGAAGAGCAGAAACUGGAAUUGGAUAAACGUAUAAUAAUAAUCAAACAACGGAAAAUAGAAUUGGAACGGCAGCUGUUGAACUACCAGCCACAGAGACGAGUGUUAACGCGAGUGGAAAGGGUACCUGUCAUAGAUAUGGUGAAUGAUCAGCAAAGUGACAUUGAACAUGGAGCUAAAAUUCUAGGAUGGGUAGCAGUUGAGAAAAACAUUAAAAAAGACCCAACAGCGCGCUCAACAUCAUGGAAUAAUUAUGAACGUUUUCCUGAUAAUCAGAGCUCUGGCCCACAGCAUUCUCGUGAGAGAGCCAAGAAGGAGGUAAAAAAGCCAAAGAAAGUGACAUCCAGAACAGAAAAGAGGGGACGCGGGCGUCCAAGGAAGCAAGAAUAAAUGGAGCAAGAAUAGUGGAUGGUUCUGUCUGAUGCUGAAUGAGAUGCAGCUUACCUUUGUAAUUUUCCGUGUGAAUGAUUUGGAUCUACCUGUUAAAUGUGUACCACUAUCAACAGCCUACAUGCUAGCAGUAUUCAACUUCUAUGAACAUACACCAAAUGAAUAUGGGCGUCUGUCACAUCCAAAACAUCAACAUCCUAACUUCUAUUCAUCGAUUCAUACAUUGUAGACUGUUUACAGCCAUUAUGCAAAUCAUUUAUUUGCACGUCAUUACUCUGUGCCGUCAAUAUCACAUCAUUAAAUGAUAUGUUCUAUAUUUAAUCUCAUAAAAUUCCAUGUCAUUAUUUUGAGUUUCCAAUACUUUUAUACAGUGAGGUCAAUAUAUCUGUAGCAUGUAACAUGUAUGCUUGUCUGGAAUGUAUUGAUAGAUGAGCUCAGAUCUCUGUCAAGUUGAAAGAUUGCGGCCAGGACACCAUCAGCAGGAUUAGACAAAAUAUACUUUUGUAGUUUGCCUGUUCCUACUUAUCCUAGUCCUGUGUUGUGUAAUUGUGUUUUUGAUAGGGCAGAACAUUUUCAUCUUAAUAGAAAACUAUUUUGAUACAUAUUUCAUUUUUAAAAAGUUCUUAUUCCUAUAUAUAAGUGGGCAAUAUUUUAAGUAGGUCUUGUUGGUAUAUUAAGAAUAAGUGGUAAUUGUUCAAAAAUUUUUACAAAUAUUUUAGAAAGAUUUUUUAACAAUGUGAAACUGUUGAUCAGGCAAAGAACCAUCUGUUACAACUUGUGAUUUUCUUGAAUUAGUAACUUAUACUUUUGAACAGUAUUAAAUGGAUUUAAAUGAAAGUUAAUGAAAUAGUUGUUGUCAAUUGUUGUCUCCAAUGUAGCCAGUCUGUAACCAAGUAUGUACCCGGUAAGCCUACUACUGAUACUGUAUACAUUAAUCUAUCCAGAUAAUGAGAAGUGGAAAAUUUACAUUUAAUUAUUGAUUAGAAGCUUUAAAGACCAAUGGUCCGUGUGUUCCAAACCAUUUGUAUUUAAUUAUUAUUUCUUCUUCAGAUAUUGAAUGGUAAAAACACCCAAAUGAUUAAUCAAAUCCUUCCAGAUAAUCACAAUUAUAAACAUUGUAAUGGUAUUAAAUAAAUUUUCCGUAAUUGAGAAAAAUAUUAGAGAAAAUUGAAAGAAAAAGUGGGGCGUGUUCAUUCACAAAAUCAAUUAUUUUUACAAGAUUAACAUUUUACCUGAUUGUAUUUUGAUUACUUUUGAAAUGUUAAAACAAUUUCUUACGUAUAUAUACUCUUUGAUGUGAUAACCUGGACACGUACGAUUUGGUGUAUUUUGUAAUCAAGAUAAGAGGUUUUUUUUCGUAUUUGUUACCGCUAAGGCAGCACCCGUGUUAAGUUAUGUGAAGUAUGUAGAGGGCGUGGUCUGUGUGUGUCAUGUUUUGCAUCCAUCAAACGGGAAAAGUGGAACAAUAAAAGACAGAAUUUAA